UCACAGUUGUCCACUAUCUGAGCGAUGGUUCUCGGCUACGUGUUGUGGCUCAUCGUGUCCGUAGCUGCCUUCAAACUUGUCCUAGCAGGAACAUUGCCUGGUGCACUGUUGUAGCAACGAUCACAGCUGCCAUAAAUCUGGUCUUUAGAGGAACGCUGCAUGGUACAGUUUUCUAGCAACAUUCAGAGCAUGCAGACUCUAGCGAUGGUUUUGUGGACAGCAACAAUCCUUCUGGAGGUCAAGGGUCAAGAAGAUGAACUGUGGGAUCCUUGGACAGACAACUGCGAGUCCAUGGUCCCCUGUAACCUAACUGAACCCCAGACCGACACCAUGCCCUACAUAGUUACUCUCAACAGACCCUACAUCAACAGCGAUCAGGCGGUGUACGUCUAUAUAAGAGCACUACCUCCAUUGAGUUUCCAGGGGUUUAUGAUUCAGGCUCGGGACGACAAGACCGGUCAGGCUGUCGGGGAGUUCGACACAGACAACAGGAAGAUCAGCGUCAUUAAUUGCUUCGGCAGACCAGAUAGCACGGCCAUGCACGCUGACAAUUCCCCCAAGACGGAGGUGACGGCCAGAUGGGCGCCCGAGGAUGACAAUGACGCUACCGUCACAUUUUAUGUCACAAUUGCUGAAACGGUUAACCCUCUAGGGAGGUUCUGGGCUUGCCAGCGUACGAAAACACUUCAAAUUAUCAAGUGACUUCUUGUAGCCCUUUCGUCCUUUCACAUUUCAAGUACUUAGGAGAGUUCUGUACACUAUG